AUGCACUCCAGCACCCACGCCGCCCCGGACCCCGAGGCUCAGCGGCCGCUCGCGCCCUCGGGCCGCUCCUGCCACCCGCUGCCCUGGGCCCUGAGCGCCGCGCUUCUGCUGCUCGCCGCCGCCUGCGCCACCUGCCUGGUGCGCGCCUGGGCCGCGCCCGGGGCCCCUGCAUCGCCGGUCCCCGGCUCCGCGCCCAGCCCGAGACUCCCGGAGGGCCUGGAGUUGACGCCCGACGCCCGCACCCGCCUCCCCGACUCUCCGCAGGGCGUGUUCGCGCAGCUGGUGGUGGCCGACGGUGUACAGCUGACCGAAGGGCCCCUGCACUGGUGCAGCGAGCGGGGGAUGACAGGUGUGACCCUGGCGCCCGGUGUGAGCUAUGACAAGCACACACACGAGGUGGUGGUGGCCCAGGCCGGAGUCUACUAUGUUUUCUUGCACUUGGCGCUGAAGCGUGUGAUGGCCAGCAGUGGCAACAGCUCCGGCUCCGUCUCCGUGGCCCUGCACCUGCGGCCUCUCCAAGCUGGGGCCGCUGCCCUGGCCCUGACCUUGGACCUGCCACCCCCAUCCUCGGGGAACUCAGCGGCUGGUUUCCGGAGCGGCCUGCUGCACCUGGAUGCCGGACAGCGCCUGAGCGUCGACCUGCGCCUCGCGGUCCGGGAGCCUCGCGCCUGGCAGCUCUCGGCGGACGCCACGGUCUGGGGCCUCUUCCACGUGGCCACCCCAGGCCCCCUGGACUCCCCUUGA